GCUUUCCGUUCUGCCAGCUCUCCCAGAGGACGUGGUUCCCGUAGGAAAAGGCUGGAUCCACCCGCGCUCCUGCCUGGCUGGGAGCGGUUCGCAGCUCUCUGCGGUUUGCCAGCAAUUGGCCACCAGAAGCCGCUCAGUGCGACUGGAGCCCCGCGACGUGCGCAGCCGGCGUCUGAUGGGGUUUGGGCGGCACCGCGCCUCCCCGCCGGCUUUGUGCAGUCCCACUGCAGAGCCUGCACCGGCGAAAUGAGGCUCUGCCGGAAGCGACGUGGGCACCCCAGGGAGACCCGAAGUACCUCGGCUUUCUAAUCGCAACUGAAUGCUGCAGCCUGCCUGGCUGGGGCGGGCGUCCAGUGCCUGCCGGCCGCGGUGCUGGCUCCAGGCACCUCACGCCCACUGUCUGCAGGGGACAGGAACGCCCCUGUGCUGCAGGGCGGCUGCUGUCCGUGAGUCACCGUGGGAGGGAAGUCAGUCUGUCGGGCCUGCGGCAGCCCUUCCAGAGAGCUCGAAAUAGUUAAGCAGCGUACAUGCAUGCAUAUGCGCUAUCGCUUUAGCUUUCUCGUGCGCUCUCCCCCUCCUACUCCCACCCCUGCUAUUUAAACAGUUCAGCCUUUUGCACAGGCGUAGAUAUCCUGUUUGUUUCUGAAGAGAAAUUAGACGGCUUUCUGUACGUGCCAGGUCAGUAAGGGCAGGUUUUAGAAGCUCGGUACGCUAGGCCCGCAUGGAAAAAAUCGGAGCUCUCCAGCUGCCUGCCGCCGGGAAGGUCUUUGGCCAGGAGCCCUCUCGCUGCCCGUGGAUGGUGCCCAGCGUGGCUGAAGCGGGGCCAGGAGGGCAGUGGUCAUGCUGAUAUUCCUUUCUGCAUUUAAGUCACAGUCUCCAAUGAACAAAGCCAGGAUUAACAGCUUCUGCCAUGAAAUCGAAGCCAAGAAAGCUUGCGACUGGCUGCGGGCGGCAGGAUUCCCGCAGUAUGCCCAGCUUUAUGAAGACUCGCUGUUCCCACUUGACAUCGGCGCUGUGAAGAAAGACCACAGUUUCCUGGACCAGGACUCCCUCAAAUCCCUCUGCAGGAGGCUGAUGACCCUGAACACGUGUGCCUCCAUGAAGCUGGAAGUCCACUUUCAGCGUAAACAGAAUGAAGACUCCGAGGAAGAGGACCUGUGUGCCAUCAGCAACCGGUGGGCUUUCCAGCAGGAAAGCAAGAGGUGGUCCCGGGUGGGCUCUGUCGACGUCCUCUCCCAGGCCUCCGAGGUGCCCAACUGCACCAUGCGGCAGGCGUCCAGCCGCGAGAGCGUCCUCACCGACCUCAGCACCAACCUGGAGGCCGUGUCCCUGCACAGCAGCGUCAGCACGGGCAGCACGAGCGGCACGCCCGGCAUCGUGGUCACGCCGCCCGAGCCGUCUCCUGCCCGCGACGCUGCCGCCGUCGCCCAGCCCGGCCGCAGCUCCAGCACCCGCUCCUUGGCGGAGCCGCCCUCCGGCCGCGAGGGCCCCAAGGAGAAGCUGAAGAAGCGAAGGUCUCGCAGCUUCCUGAAGAGGAUCGAGUCCCUGCGAAGGAAGGACAAAGAGAAAGCUGGCCCGGACGAGAAGGGUGUCCCGAACAGCGGCGUCAUGGCCAAACCGGGGUGGGACUCCACCAAGAGUAACGGGGACCUCACAGCCACCAAGGGCAGCUCCCCUAAAAGAGGAGCAUCUGCCUCCUUCCACGGCAAAAAACACUUCUUCUCGGUGUCGUACAGGACUAACCGCCUGCUAGGCUCAGGCAGGGGCAAGGGGAGCUCAGAGGCGAAGCGCACCGGGGUCUACCUGGAGGACUACGAGACGGCCGUGACCGCCGGCGGCACCUGGGCUGCUGGGGAGCGCCAGCACCGGCCGGCGUGCCGGGGAGAUUGCCUGGUCUACGUUCCCAGGGACCACAAGCCGGGCACCUUCCCCAAAUCCCUCUCCAUCGAGAGCCUGUGCCCCCUGGGCAGCAGCUCCCUGACCAGCUGGAAGGCGGGGGACAAGCCCGUGGGGCUGGCGGGAGGCGGAGGGGGCAGCAGCAGCAGCGUGGAGGGCUCGGCCUCCCCGCGGGGCUUCGCCUGCCACCGCCGCCGGGGCUCCUGCAGCUCCCUGGGCAGCCGGGCGAGCGUGUACGACAACGUGCCCGAGUUCGGCAGCGGCGACGAGUUCUCCAAGGCGGACGGGGAGGUGACCUACCAGAACCUGGACGACAUCCUGCAGCACAUGUGGGGGCUGCAGCAGAAAGUGGAGCUCUGGUACAAGGCCAUCUCCCCCGGCCUGGCCGGGGAGGACGGGGGCGAGGAGGAGGAGGAGGAGGAAGAGGAGACGGACUCGGGCGGGGAGCCCACCUUCCCCUCCAACCUGCACUUUGAGGAGCGGUCCAUGUCGGACGUCGGCACCUCUGCCAGCGACUUCGACAGCACGGGCAACUCCCUCAACGAGGCCGAGGAGCUGGAGAUGCGGGAGCGCCGCGACUCGGGCGUGGGAGCCUCGCUCACCAGGCCCUGCAGAAAGCUGCGCUGGCACAGCUUCCAGAACUCCCACCGGCCCAGCCUGAACUCUGCCUCGCUGGAGAUCAACCGCCAGUCCUCUGCCCAGCUCAACCUGCUCCAGAAGUGCUCCCUGCUCCGGCUCACGGCCAUCAUGGAGAAGUACUCCGUGCCCCACAAGCAAGCCUGGACGUGGACUGUGCCCAAGUUCAUGAAGCGGAGUAAAGUCCCCGACUACAGGGACAAGGCAGUGUUCGGGGUGCCGCCCAUCAUCAAUGUGCAGAGGACGGGGCAGCCGCUGCCGCAGAGCAUCCAGCAGGCGAUGCGCUACCUCCGCAGCCAGUGCCUGGACCAGGUCGGCAUUUUCCGGAAAUCGGGGGUGAAGUCCCGCAUCCAGGCGCUCCGGCACAUGAACGAGACCAGCCCCGACAACGUCAACUACAAGGGGCAGUCGGCGUACGACGUGGCCGACCUGCUGAAGCAAUAUUUCCGGGACCUGCCGGAGCCCAUCUUCACCAGCAAGCUGACCGACACCUUCCUGCAGAUCUACCAGUUCGUGUCGAAGGAGCAGCGGCUGCAGGCGGUGCAGGCUGCCAUCAUCCUGAUGCCGGAUGAGAACCGCGAGGUGCUGCAGACCCUGCUCUACUUCCUGAGCGACAUCGCCUCCGCCGAGGAGAACCAGAUGACCGCCGGAAACCUGGCCGUGUGCCUGGCCCCCUCCAUCUUCCACCUCAACGUGUCCAAGAAGGAGAGCACCUCGCCGAGGGCCAUGCACAGGAGGGGCACCGUGGGGAAGCCCGACCAGAAGGACCUGAACGAGAACAUGGCCGCGACGCAGGGGCUCUCCCACAUGAUCACCGACUGCAAGAAGCUCUUCCAGGUCUCCCACGACAUUCUGCUCCAGCUGAGCAGCUCCUACAUGGCAGCAGAUGCUUACCCCCAUCCCCUGGCUGACUUUGUGUGCCAAGGGGAAAGCAAGGAUUUACACUCCUACUUUGAGCAGAGUGUCCAGAACCUGCUCAAAGAGUCAUCGGAGAAAUUCAAGGGGUGGCUGAGCACCCCAGGACCCCUGAACACGGAGCUCUCCUGCAAAAAGGUUGGGGACGGGCACCCUCUGCGCUUGUGGAAGGUCUCCACGGAUGUUGAGGCCCCUCCCUCGAUGGUGCUGCACCGGGUGCUCCGGGAGCGUCACCUCUGGGACGAGGACCUGCUGCAGAGCAAAGUGGUGGAGGCCCUGGACAAGGACAUGGAGGUUUAUCACUACGUGACGGACAGCAUGGCACCCCACCCGCGCAGGGACUCCGUGGUGCUCAGGCGCUGGCGCACGGACCUGCCGCGGGGAGCCUGCCUGCUCAUCUCCAUCUCGGUGGAACACGACAAGCUGCAGGCGGAAGGCGGCGUCAAAGCCGUGGUGCUGACGUCCCAGUACCUCAUCGAGCCCAGCGGCAUGGGCCGCUCCAAGGUGACGCACAUCUGCAGGGCUGACCUCAGGGGCCGGUCUCCGGAGUGGUACAACAAGGUCUUCGGGCACCUCUGCGCCAUGGAGCUGGCGAGGAUCCGAGAUUCCUUCCCAGCGCUGAGCCCCAACGGCCCCGAGACCAAGAUCUGAGGAGCCGGGAAGCUGCUCUGUCCUGUCGGACCGCGGACUCGCCAGUCACUUGGGCUGGGGCAGGCGGAGGGGAGCGCGGAGCUGGCAUCCAGCUGCACGGGGGCACCCUCAGGCACAUAUUUAUAAGCUUCCUUUUAACCUGGGCCAGGCCCCCCCUCUGGAGAGCCACGGGCCGCCGCAGCUGUGCACGGCGCCUUCUCUCCUCCGGCUGCGGGGCUCUUUGCCUCCACCCCUGCCGCCCUUUCCCCAGCGCGGAGAGGCGAAGCCCUGCCCCACAGGUUGUCUGCGGGUGGGAUGGGCGAGCAAGGUGCUGCUCAUUCACGGGAAGGAGAGGGGGCCUGGGGGUGACCCCCACUAGGAAGGCAGCAGGCCCAGGGUGAGCUGGGCCCCCCGUGUGAGCCCCGUGGAGCUCAGCUCCCCCAGGCCGGGCACGGUGGUGGAGGUGUGGGGCGAAGCAGGAGGCAGGAGGGGGAGACGAGAGCAGGGAGGACGGGGCCGCGUCCGUAGGUCACGGCGCUGUGUCGGGAAGUGACGGGGGGGCGGCGAGGGGGGAGCGUGCGUGGGUUGGCACCCGGCGGGGGAACAGGCAGGGGGGCAGGGUGGGAGUCAGCUGAAGGGUGCUGUUAUCGGAGGAGGGAACCGUGUGGGGAUAUCUAUCGAGCCAGUUAGUGACGGCCAUCGCUGAGUGGCAGAAGGAAUCCAUUGCUAUCACCUCUGCUGCUCAAUUUCAUAGGAGAUGAAGGAGAAAGCUCUCCAGUCCAGCGCCUUGUUAGCUGCCUUGCUCAGCUAAGAGACGCCCCCGUGCGCUAGGUUUCAGUAGGGGCUGGAUGGACGCGGUUCCAAGCCAAGCCCCGUCCCUCGGACCUGUUGUACCGCUCAGCCGGAGGGGGCAGGACAGGGCUGGGAACCCAGAGCAGCCACCAAGAAGCUGGUGACGGGGGGAGUGCUCCGAGGAGGCACGGUGGGGACAAGGGACGUGCCCGGGCCUGGUGGGGCUGAGACUUACCCUGGCUUUGGGCAACCACAGGAGCAGAGCCGGUGCCCCUGCCGGGUGCGGAGCUGCCUCCGUCCCCUGUCCCCAGCACUCCCUCAGCUCCCACCUCGCACCCUUCCUUUCCUCCACCCUGAGAAGCCGUCCGACGUUGCUGCCAGCACUCGGAACUGACCUGGUUUCUCCUUGUAGGCAGGGACCCAAGUUACUCGACGUCGUUCCAACUGGAAGGCAACACGACCCACGUGUGGGAGCAAUUCCCCAUGCCAGUUUUGCCGUAACAAAUGGUGUUUGUCUCUUGGUGAAAAAAAACAACCCAGCCUGUAUUCUGUGUUUUUAUAUAUAUAUAUAUAUAUAUAUUUUAUAUAUAUAUAAAAAAUAUAACUAACUUUUCUGAGGGAGUGAUUUUUCUCCUAAUAUUUUUUUAAAUGUUUCUUUUUUUUUUUCUACCUAUAAAUACUUGUACAGUUGGAAUAUUAAUAUAUAACUCAGGCGGUAGAGCUCAGCGCCAGGUGAUGUUCACUUAAAAGACAUGUAUUUUGUAUUUAAGGGACUAUUCCUUGUUUUGUAUCAUAUGCAACUGCAACAGACUGUUUGACUUGGAUCGGGGCUGCUCUUCCCAUCCGUGUAAUUAAUAAAGUACUAACGA